AUUUUUUGUUUAUUGUGAAAAAAUAGAAAAUAAGGAAAAUUUAACAAAACAAUUAUUUAUUUUUAGCAUAUUGUGUGCCAAAUAACAACAAAAAAUAUGGCACAAACUGAAACGAAUCUCCCCGAGCAAUUGGACAAUGAAGAAGUACGAGAAAUCCUGAAAAAUACCACAGACUUGCGACAAUAUUCACGACAGAUAGAAAAAGAGUUCAAGGAAGUUGAAAACAAAUCAAUAGAAGACUACAUUAAGGAAUCCCAAAACAUUGCUGCUUUGCACAAUCAAAUCGGUGAUUGCGAUGAUGUGCUGGAGCGCAUGGAGAACAUGUUGAUGAGUUUUCAAAGUGUCCUGAGUAACAUAAGCACGGAAAUCACCCAGUUGCAAAAGAAAUCGGUGGCCAUGUCUGUACAACUCACUAACAGGCAGUCGGUUAAAGCUCAGCUAUCGCAAUUCAUUGAAGAUAUGGCCGUGUCGGAAGAAAUGAUUAUGUCCAUUAUGGAAACACCUGUCACCGAAAAAGAGUUUGAGAAACAAUUGAAUAUUUUAAAUCACAAAUUAUCUUUGGUAAAGGAACUGAGUUUUAAAGAAUCCAAAUCGACAGCCGAUGUUGCCGAUGUCUUGCACAAGUUAAGAUUAAAAGCCAUGUCAAAAAUACGCCACUAUAUGCUGGAACAAAUCUAUAAAUUUCGCAAGCCCAUGACAAAUUAUCAAAUACCCCAAAAUGCCAUGCUGAAACAUAAAUUCUUCUUCGAAUUUAUACUCUCGAAUGAACGUCAGGUGGCUCAGGAAAUAUGCAAUGAAUAUAUCGAUACGAUAAGUAAAAUAUACUAUAGUUAUUUUAAGAGCUACUCCUCCCGUUUGUCCAGCUUAAAAUUUGAGGAAUCUUGCACUAAAGAUGAUUUGAUGGGUAUUGAGGAUAACCUUUCCAAAGGCUUGUUUGCCAAAACUACUAGUUUAAAAAAUAAAAGUACUAUUUUCACUAUUGGCAAAAGAGGAGAGAUUUUAAAUCAACAACUGGAAGCUCCCAUUAUAGUGCCACAUGCCCAAAUGAAGAAUAGGUACACCUUUGAAGCUUUAUUCCGCUCUGAACAAUAUGCCUUAGUGGACAAUGCUUGUCGCGAAUAUCUGUUUGUAACAGAAUUCUUUAUGGUACGCGGUGCUCAAGCCCAGGAUCUUUUUAAUCAAAUAUUAGGCAAAACUUUAACUCUAAUGAUAAAAAAUCUGGAAUCAAGUAUACAAGAUUGUUAUGACACCAUAGCCAUGUUUUUAUGCAUCCAAUUAAUAUUUCGCUAUCAACUUAUGUGUCACAAAAGAUGUGUGCCAGCUUUGGACAAAUAUUGGGAUUCUUUGCAGUCGGUAUUUUGGCCACGUUUCGAACAUGUUUUUCGCUUGAAUAUUCAAAGCAUAAGAGAUUGUGAUCCAACGAAAUUUAAUAAAGAAUUGGGGCCUCAUUAUAUAACACGCCGCUACGCUGAAUUCUCUGCCGCCAUUGUGGGCAUCUCUGAACAUUUCCCCAAUGAGUUAGUAAGCCGUUUGUUGCUAGAAUUACAAAAUGAAGUUGAAUGUUUUAUAUUACGCAUGGCCGCUAUAUUCCCCACACGCAAGGAACAACUUAUCUACUUAAUAAAUAACUAUGAUUUAGUUUUGGGCGUAUUAAUGGAACACACACGUGAUAAUUCUAAAGAAGCCGAAGCUUUUCGUGAACAGCUGAAUGCCCGCAGUGCUGAAUAUGUAGAAGAAAUAUUGGCACCACACUUUGGUGGCAUUAUACAAUUUGUCAAAGAAUGUGAGCCCUACUAUGAAAAGGAACAACUGGAAGAAUUACGCAAACAAGAACGCAGAAGUCUGGCCUUGGUGGCCAGUUUUUCUGCCAAUUGGAAAAAGUCUUUAGAAGAAUUGAAUAGAGAAGUCUUAUUAUCAUUCCCCUCACUUUUGACCGGCUCACAGCUGUUACAAUUGGCUUUGGCGAGUUUAGUGCAAUAUUAUCAUAGAUUCCAUAAACUCUUGACACCGAAUGCUCGUGCCCAAUUAACUAAUAUACAUGUUGUUAUGGUCGAAAUGAAAAAGUAUAAGUGUAAUUAUUGAGCACAAUAAAUGAUUGCUAGUUGGUAGUAGAAAUAUAUAAUUAUAAUUCUAGUAGUUGCUAGAAAAAUAGAAAUAAAAAGUAUACAUAAAUUAAGAAUAAACGCAAGUUAUAAAUUUAA